AUGCCUUCACACACGUCAGAGUCGCCGGCGAAAAAGCAGAGCAAGUGGUCACCAGAGGAGGACGCGCUGAUCAUUGAGCUCCGCGGUAGUGGCAUGAAAUGGGACGACAUCUCGAAGCGGCUCCCCGGCCGGAGCUCGAUUAGCUGCCGGCUACAUUACCAGAACUAUCUAGAGCGCCGGAGUGAGUGGGAUGAGGAGCGAAAGAAUAAGCUGGCGAGGUUGUACGAGAGGUUCAAACCCGAGAUGUGGGCCAAAGUUGCCGAGGAGAUGCAGGUUCCUUGGCGCGCGGCCGAGGCGAUGCACUGGCAACUAGGUGAGACCGAGAUGGCACGGCGAGCCGGUGUCGUCCCGUUCUCGCUGAACAUGGCAGCGAACGAGGCCCAAGCCGCGAUCACACAACGAAUCUCGCCCACACGGGCCGGUCACAGCGGCCACAGCUACGCCCACGGCCACUCCCAGUCUCAAGGCAGCUUUCCUCGCGAGUUCUCCGGCCUGCCCUCGCCCCGAUAUGCCCGCGCCCAGUCUGGACCCCAUCCAGGCCCCCCCCCGCUUCAGAUCCCUCCUCUCAUUCCUCCACCCACUCCGACCUCCAGCAGCCGCCCCCAUACUUCUCGUCGCGAGAGCCUCCCACCCCAUGCCCGCUUCGGCCCGCCCACAAUCUCCGAACUACCGCCCGCUCCGCCACCCCCGGAGUACGGCUACGGACUGGCGCCGAUUCAGACCGCCGUUGGGUUCGGCAGCGGUGCGCAUACUCGAGGGUCGACAAGUGCCGGAGGCGGAAGCGCAGGCGGCAGCAUCAGUGGGAGGAGUGACGGGCCGCUCCCAAGCGUGGCCGAGCUCACCACGGGUGUGUGCGCCAGUCCCUAUGGUACCCCGGCGUAUACACUGAACCCACCACCUUCUGCGGCCGGCUCUGGGGGGCAUUCGUAUCCGCACGCACACGGGCACGCUCGGUCACAAUCGCAUUCGCAUAUCCUACAGAGCACCAUGCCGACUACCAGCCCGAGCAGUGCAACGGCCAGCCCGGGGCUGCCGGGGACUAGUCUCGGCGGUGGACGGGAAGCCAUUUCAGCUGAUGCGCCAAACCCACGCCGAGGAGGUAGUGUCAGCGCAGGAGGAGGCGGACUCCUUCCCGCACUUAACCCCUACCCACACUCACACGCUCACCUCGAACCUACCGGCGGUAAACGUCGCGCCAGCCCUCCCGACUACGACUACCCCGGCGGCAGCCGCGAGACCAGUCGCCGGCGCCAGCAUCUCAACCACAGCACCACCACCAGCAACGGCCACAGCUACGGACAUAGCCACAGCCAUAGUCUCAGCGGUGCCGGCAGCAGCAGUGUUGCCCGAGACCGCCGGCAUCGCCGUGAUGGCGACAGGGAACGGCCCCAACACAAUUCCUGGGAUAGUAGCAGAGACACAGAGGACUACCCGCCGACACCACCACACCCGGUACAGCUUCCUCUGCCGCCUCUAUCCCAAUCCCACUACCCUUCCCAUUCCUCGCAUUUCCCGUCCUCGGCUGCUUCUGCUGCAGCUGGUGGUCCUCCACAUGCGGCCGCGGCGGGCGCGUUUGGUGGGAUGGGCAAUGGCGGUGUGGGCGUGGGGGUUGGAGUGGGGAGGCGAGAAUCGAGAGGGGGGCUUUGA